AUGAGUAUCGACCCGUCGCAAGCUGCCCCCCUCAACCCGGGAGACCUCGGUCGGGGGCCCGUUAUCAUGGGUGUGACUUGGGCACUGACAGGCGUUAGCUUGAUUAUCGUUAGUACUCGUGUCUAUUUCCGUUGGAAACGGCCACGUACGUUGGCCUGGGACGAUGCAUUUAUCGUCGCGGCAAUGGCAAUUCAAGUCGUCUUCCAGGGCUUCGUGAGCGAGGCCUACAGAUGGGGACUCGGCAAGCGAGAUGAGAACCUGACGAUUCCCGAAUUGAUCAUGGUGAUCAAAUGGCUCUGGAUCUCUACGACGCCCGCAAUUGUUGUCUCGAUCCUGGCGAGGAUAUCGGCCGCCUUAAUGCUGAUCCGCAUUUUCGGGGGACGAGCCUGGUUUAAAUGGUUCUUGAUCUAUUUUACCGCCUUGCAAACUGUUGCCGGUCUGGUCAACCUCAUCGCCUGUUGGACUCAAGCCUCACCUAUUCAGGCGGUAUGGGACCCAAGGGUCACCGCAACACGCAAGAUGUCGCCCCAGUUCCAAAAUAUUACUGCAAACGUAUCACAGGCCCUGUUUGCCCUCUCUGACUUGUCCUACGUCUUGCUUCCCACCAUCUUUAUCUGGAAGCUCAACAUGCCGCUACGCCAAAAAGUCGGUCUGUGCAUCACCAUGAGCUUGUCGUUAAUUAGUAUGGUUGGGGCUAUCCUGAAAGCUGUCACGUCGAACACAGUGGUGACGCAGUACGAUAGCUCGAUCGUGAUUCUCUGGUCCGGUAUUGAACAGGCUCUCGUCAUCUUCAUCAACUGCGUGCCUGCUUUGCACAAGGUGUUCCUGUCAGAGCUACUCUGGGUCCGCAAAUUGAGCUCGUCGCUCGUCAAAUUUGUCUCCCUGGACCGAAACGGCCGUGGGUCGAGCUCAGCUUACAGUCGGUCUAACCAGGGGGUGGACAGCCGCUCAGAGGCGGGGUCAUGGACACGACGCAAGGCCUCUGCCCAGGAGGAAGGGCGGGAUUCGUCUUCCACAAGCGAUGUCACGUAUACCGUACGUAUGCAUGAACUUGACACGCACAAGACUCGCGGGGAUUAUGCGGUAUAA